GUUCAAGACCGGCCAGUACAUUGAACGCACUCGUUUGCCAUUUUUGCGCACUCCACCGGCGUGAAGGAAGACAAAUAGUUGAACGAGCAUCGGCAGAUUUCGCGGUUUGUUUUGUGCGAGAUUUUUAGACGCGGUAACUGCUCUUGUGGCUAAUCAAUAAGCGUGAGACCGGCUACUGCAAGCAGAACGGCACUGCGGAAAAAGGCUUGGCGACUUGGCGUCCGUGGAAAGUCACCGACAACAAUUUUGACGAUUGAACGUGUUUUUCUAAGGUAGUUUCAUAGUAUUAACGGAAAUGAAGACGAAGAAAGACGGCUCGGCAUCUGAUGGAUCAGAAAGUUCAGAGGAGGAGUAUGUCGUGGAGAAAAUCAUCGACCGGAGAGUCAAAAAGGGAAAGGUUGAGUACUACCUUAAGUGGAAAGGAUUCAGUGAUAAAGACAACACAUGGGAACCUGUAGAGCAUUUGGAAUGUCCUGAUUUGAUUAAGGCAUUUGAAGAUGAACGCGAACGGAAGGAAAAGGAGGAGAAAGCGGAUCAGAAAUCCAAAUCCAAAACAAAUGCCGAAAAAUCCAAACCAGAUUCAUCUAAAACAAACAAAAAGAAAACAGACGAAAAAGAUAAAUCAGCGGCAAAACGCAGAAAACUGGAAGCCGAUAGCACAGAUAUCUCAGGAAAACGAAAAAGACGAGGAUCGAAAAGCGGCUCCGAUGACGAAUCAGACGAUGGCUCAGAAUCGGGUGGAAAAUCAGAAAAGGAAAAUGGAUUUGCACGCGGUCUAGAACCACAAAAGAUUCUCGGGGCAACAGACACACACGGCCAACUGCAAUUCCUAAUGCAAUGGAAGGGCACCGACCAAGCCGAAUUAGUGCCCGCCAAGGAAGCCAACGAAAAAUGUCCUCAGAUUGUGAUCGCGUUCUAUGAAGAACGAUUGGCUUGGUAUUCAGAUGAUGAAGCGGAAGCAUAGACAACUCGACCUUUUAUCCCAGAUUUUUUUUUAUUCGUUUCCUCCCUUUGUUGGGUACCGUUUUUAAGUUCCAUCCUCAACAAAACCGAUUCCGGUCACCACCCAUACGCCAUCCUUUCCUGCGGAGCGUGUUAUUAUUGUCGUUCGCAUUUUUUCUUAUAUAUAUGCAUAAAAUAUACGAUUUUCUGUUUUAUAUGAAUCUGUAGAGUGUAAAAACGAAAUGGAAGGAUUCCAUGAAUGCAUAAGAUUAAACAUAUGUAGAAAAAGUAUGACCAUUUUCAAUCUCUAGUUGUACGCAACACCCGGUUCUCGUUCUGUUUUGUGGCUUUCAAAAAAUGUAAAUACGAACAAAACGUUGGAAUUAUAACCGCAGCUCAUCAUACAUCGGACUCGAGCCACUGGAAAGCUCAGAAUCCAUUCUGAAUAGACUAAUUUCAGCGUUUUCCUUGCAACCGCCACAUAAUGUUUGUGAGGUAUUUGAUAGAUUGAUGGACCUAGAAUUUGUCUCGUUUUGUUUACGGUAUAAUUAGAACUUGGAAGUACUAAAACUCAAAAGUAUUUUCUGCAAACAAAUCUCUUUAUUGGGUAAAUUGGAUUUUGUUAUUUCACACAAAUUAUUUAAGGUUUUCUCUUUUUUUUGUAAAGAAUCUUAUAAAAUAAAUGUGACACGAAAAAUUUAAUGAAA